AUGAUCACGAAAUUUUUCAAGGCUAUUCCAACUCCUCAAAGUUCUGGUUCUGGUUCUAGUCCUCCUAUGCCGAGUUCUUUUUCAUGUCCAAUUAUUCAUGACAAUCUCAAUCCUUCGGCGGUCUCAAACAAAGAAAAAAUAUUGAAUUUGAAUCUUGAACCUGAUCCCGCAGAAAGAAAGCAAAUUUCAAAGUAUCCUCCGAAUUUACGUGACCGAGUGAGAAGAUAUUAUAUUCAACAAGGACCUUGUCAACCUCAUAAUUGUAGUUUUCCAAAAAGAGAUUUUGGUGGAUUUAUGCGUCAAUUUAAUCUUGAAUGGUUUAACACUUCAUACUCUGGAUGGUUAGAAUAUAGUGUUAAAGUUGAUGCAGCAUUUUGCUUAUGUUGUUACUUGUUUAAAAAUGAGCAUGGAGGACAUGGAAAAGUUGGGGAUUCUUUCACAAAGAAUGGUUUUAGAGCUUGGAAUAAAGCUACAGAAAGGCUUAACGCACAUAUUGGAGAGGUGAAUAGUCUUCACAAUAGAUGUUUUAUGAUGAUGAGAGAUUUAAUUAAUCAAGAGCAAUCAAUUCUAACCUCUUUUGACAAGCAGUCUGAAAAAAUUAAAAGUGAUUAUCGAGUUCGGUUGAAUGCUUCGAUUGAUGUGGCAAAAUUUCUUUUAAAACAAGGAAUGUCUUUCCGGGGCCACGAUGAAGGUGAAACUUCUAUUAAAAGAGGAAACUUUGUAGAACUCUUACAAUGGUAUGCAGAUAGGGAUGAUGAAGUGAAAAAAGUUGUGCUACAAAGUGCUCCACAAAAUAACAUGAUGAUUGCUCCAAAUAUCCAAAAAGAGAUCGUGAAUGCUUGUGCGAAAGAAAUAAUUAAAGCAAUAGUUGAAGAUUUAAAUGGAGAUUAUUUUGGAAUUUUGGUUGAUGAAUCUAAGGACGUCUCUCAUAAGGAACAAAUGGCUCUUGUUCUGCGUUCUUUUAAGCGUAGGAAUAUGCUACGAGAGGAUCAGGCGAAAAAACUAGAGGAGCUACAAGUGCUUGGUGAAGUUCAUACAGGAAGUGGACUAAAUCAAGAACUUGGACUCCAAAGGUCAGCAAUCACAAAUGAUUUGAAUAUAGCUUUGCAAAGAAAAGAUCAGGAUAUUGUAAAUGCUAUGAAGCUUGUUGGUUUCGCCAAGAGGCAAUUGCAACAUGAUAUUGUGAUCCCUGAAAUGGAUAAGAACUAUCAUCUUGGAAAGUCAAAGCGUAGGAGUUCAAGUGUUACAUAUUCUCAUCAUUUGCGUGUCGAAGCUUUUAAUACUGUUAUUGAUUUGCAACUUUCGGAGCUUAACAGUCGUUUUGAUGCAGUGAAUAGUAAUCUACUUCUUGGUAUGGCUAGUUUGAGUCCGGAUAAUUCUUUUUUCAGUGGUUCAAAGCUUGAAGAUCUCAGUUACGAGCUUGACAACUAUAUUCUCUUUGUGAAAGAAGACAAUGAUGUCUGUAACUUGAAAGGACUUGGAGAUCUUUCAGAAACAUUAGUUGAAACAGAUUUGUACAAGACUUGGAGACUUGUGUUUUUGCUUGUGAAGUUAAGUCUGAUAUUGCCGGUCGCUACUGCAACAGUAGAAAGAGCUUUUUCUUCAAUGAAGUACAUCAAAAAUUACUUGCGUAGCAGAAUUGGUGAUGAAUUUUUGAAUGACUGUUUAGUUUGUUAUAUAGAAGAUAAAGUAUUUGAAAGUGUACCUAAUGAUGCGAUUAUUGAUCAUUUUCAAAACAUGACAACCCGUCGGGUACAAUUGUAA